AUGAAAUGGGUCGGGCCGUGGCAGGGUGCGCGCGCCGCCCGCCCUAGGCAGCCCGGUGAGACCGACCGCGCGCUUUUCCGCGCCAAUAUUAGCAGCGGUUUUCGCGUGAAUUCAGCACUGAACGCCGAGUUAGAAUGUUCGCUGCCCGAUAUCCGCGCAUGCGCUGUUCAGAUAUCAACAAAUGCUAAAACGGUUAUUGACAAAUACUUUCAGUCUUCGAAGAACAGCGGCGAGGAAUGCUUCAAUAUUAUGCCGUUUGUAGAUGCGAUAUUAUUAGCUAUUUUCUGGAUGUCGCACGUUUAA